AGGCAGCGGCGCCAUGCGCAAAGGGCCGCGCAGGCUGCGGUCAGGGAUGGGGGCAGCCCCCGGGGAGCUAGAGCCGGGGGGGUUCUCUGGGUCCCGCAGGCGGAGCUUCGGCCGUCCCCUGCGCCUCUGGCUCCUUUGGCUGGUCCUGGUCGCUGCGGCCAUCGUGGGGCUCUACCUGCUCUGGAGGGAGGCGACAGGACGCAGCUGGGGGGUGACGGAAGACGAGCAGAUCGGGGCCUCCCAGCCGAUCCACAAGCCCCGGAGCCUGUCCAGCAGCCAACUAAAACACCUGGCCUCCCGGGUGGACCUCCAGCGGCUUUGGCAUAGCUACCUGCAGCCCAUCCUGAUCGAAAGAUACCCCGGCAGCAGUGGGAGCAAACAAGUCCGGCAGUUCAUCACAGAACGCCUGAAAGGGCUUGGGGCUUCCUGGCACGUAGAGCUGGAUGCCUUCGAGGACCGGACCCCACACGGAACCGUGAACUUUGCCAAUGUGGUGGCCACUCUGGACCCUGCGGCCUCCCGGCGCCUGGUGCUGGCCUGCCACUACGACUCUAAGUAUUUCCCACACGACGGCCGUGGCCGGGCUUUCCUGGGGGCCACGGACUCGGCUGUGCCCUGUUCAAUGCUGCUGGAGCUGGUGACCACCCUUGACCAGGAGCUGCUGAGGUCCAAAGAGCAGGGUUCUGAGAUGUCUCUGCAGCUGCUGUUUCUGGAUGGGGAAGAGGCCUUCGAGGAGUGGAGUGACACAGACUCCUUGUAUGGAGCUCGGCAUUUGGCAGAACGCAUGGCCAAGACCUCAGUCCACCCAGGCAUCACUCAGCUACGGGCAAUGGCUCUCUUUGUCCUGCUGGACCUCCUGGGGGCAGACCACCUGAACAUCCAGAAUCAUUUUUUGGACACUGCCAGCUGGUUUGAUAGACUGGUCGGCAUUGAAAGACGGCUACACCGCCUGGGUCUCCUGGCAUCCCACCCCCAAGAGCAGCUGUAUUUCAGCCGACAUCCCAUCUAUGGCCCCGUCCAAGAUGACCACAUUCCCUUCCUCCGGAGAGGGGUCCCGGUCCUUCAUCUCAUCGCCACACCUUUCCCUGUGGUCUGGCAUACUAUGGAGGACACGGAGGCACACUUGCACCGACCCACAGUGGAGAACUUGUGUAAGAUCCUGGCAGUUUUUGUGGCAGAAUACCUGUGGCUCUAAGGGGAUCUAUUACACCAGACCUGGAGAUCCUCUUUGGUCUACCCUCCGUCCAGUGGCACGUGGAACGGCCACAAAAUAUACCAGCUUUGGGAGAAGGUGCCUGCUUCAGACUUGGAACUGUUAGAUUCGAAUUCGGUAGCACCUUAAAGACUUAAGAUUUUCAGGGUUAUGAGCCUUCAAGAGCCAAAGCUUUCUUCAUCAAAUACUUGAACUGUGUCCCUUACAGAAAUUUUUUAUUGAGACUCAAGAGGAGCAUAGCGCAGGGAGAGGCAGAAUGUGGUCUCGUACAGCCACGGCCUUCUGUUUGGUAUUUUGAACCAGGAAUCCCGCCUUUGGUUAACAAGCCAAGGCAGAGCUCUCAAUGAGCAGCAAAGAUAACUUCUCUCUUCCUGGAAGGGGGUCUUCAUGCCUGAUCCCAUGCUUCUGAUGACUUACACCCCAUACUGCAGUUGUUCCGUCUGUUCCUGAAGUUAGCGAUCCGUCCUUGAGUUUGUGACUCACUGGGGUGUUCCCCAUCUGUUGAAGCCAGAAAUUAACUUCAAAUGACUGUUCCGGGGAGGCAUAUGUGCCAGGGCCCCAGCACUGCCCCAAGGGUGCAUGGCGCCCUAGGCAGGCACCCCCACACAGCACUGCAAUGGGCAGAGGAGGCAGGCAAACUAGGUGCUUGCUUGGGGCACCGGGGGGAGGGAGCCCAAUUUGGCGUCCCACCCUCCCGGCACCCUAGGCAACUGUCUUGUUUGCCUAGUGGGCGAGCCACCCCUGCAGGGCCCUUGCUAAUGAUGUAGACCACCCCCCCCCCCAACAGCACGGUUCAGCCUCUCCCACUGGUCCAGGAAGGUACAACGCUGAUAUGGGGUGCCCACUGGGAGGAGAAGUAGUUGCUGCCUUUUGGGGAGGGGAACUGAACCAGAGGCCAGUGAGCGAAUGGGAGCUGUGCUCUAGGAGGUACAAUGGGGUGGGGGGUUCUGGGGGGGCAUCAGAAGGCAUUUUAUUGAAGGCCUCCUCGAUAAAGGCCUUGUGAUCCACAAGCCGUGCUUCUCCCCAGAGCCACGAAUCCCUGGUUUCUUCCUUCCGUCAGAGGAAACCUCAUCUGCUAGCAGAACAGCUCCCUCGAAUCCAGCUCCCUGUUUAUGGUAAUCUGCUGCUUCAGCAGCUGUUUCGGUUAACUGACUUAAAAUGCAUCCAUGCCUGUUUCGGGGAGGCAUAUGUGCCAGGGCCCCAGCACUGCCCCAAGGGUGCCCCAUUUUGCUUUGAGACAUAAAAUUUGAAGCCACUAGUUUGGACUGUGAAGGGGGUAAUGACAUGGUUUUGGCCUUUAGCUUCUUCUGUUUUGUUCCAAGCAGAACGGGUUUGUAUUCUUCAUAUUUAUUGAAGGGUGUUAAAGACAGCGUUCAAGGGAUCAGAUUCCUACAGGGAGAACUGCUUCAAGCCUGUAUGUGGUGGGACACCCGCUGUGUUUUUCGUGUUAUUUCUUCCAUUGAAGGAAUGUUGUAACUGGGGUGAAAGAAUUCUUGCAUCCUGACUACAGCUGCAGAAGCCAGAGGUGGUAGGGUGGGCUUUUACAGCUUCUAACUGCAGUUGGGGUUUUAACAAAUAAAUUAAACUCUCACAUGGGUGAAGGGAGGAAGGGUUUCAUCAUGAUAUUCUCCCUCCUUUAAUCAGAGAGAGUAUAUUUUAUGUUGAAAAACAUUCAGCUGUGAUUUUCCUUCCUUCCCCACUUGCAGGUGGAAGAGGUACAAUCCUUUCCUCUCAGUCAGGACUGUACCAUCUCCUUUUGUUAUGCAUGGCAACUACAUCUGAGCCCCUCCUCCACUUGUGGAGGAGUCAAAAAAUAAAGGUUUUACUUUUUAA